AUGAGUAGAAAAGGAGUUAUCAAAAGAGUGAAGACUGGUCCAGACGGCUUAUCGAGCAUCGCGCCCAACCGCGCACACCGGCUGGCCGAGAACGAACAUACCACGAUCGUCCUGCGCAAACAUCCGCGUUCCAUCCCGCCAAGUCCACGGCCGAGCUCACGUACCGACCCGGGAAGCAUUGUCCCGCGGUCGGCCGUUCAGCCUGCCACCACAAGCCGCGCACGACCGCGCCGCGCGAACCGGGAAGCAAUCUCGCGGCCGCGCACAACCACGUCCCGUGGCCGAUCACACCGUCCGACCAGGAAGGCUUCCCACGUCCGGCCAGAACCUUCGGCCAAUCCAUCCAUCUCCGACCCGACGGCCGAACGAAAACUCUCGGCCACGAUCGACCCGACCGUGCCGAUAGCCGACCACGACCCGAUAGUCCCGACCGACCGUCCGAACGUCCGGUCGACCCGAAGCCCUUUUGAAGCCCGUUUCACACGUUUUCAACGGCCCGGCUUAACCCUAAGCCGCCUCUGA